UCGCUUCGGCUCCCUCCUGAGCUCCCGAUUCAACCCCCCUCUGCUUUGCCGUACGCCCAUCCUCCCCUUUUUUCCCUCCCGUUCCUUUAUUUUUUCGAAAGAUUUGUGCGGGGGGUGUGUGGAAGCGAGGAGAGGCAGCCGCUUUGGAGGUAGCUGGGAGGAUGAUGAUAAAGAUGAUGAUGUGGAAGAGAUGGAGAUGAAGCAGACUAUGCAGAUCCGGGGACUCCUGUUGCUGCUGCCGGCACUAUGGGCUCUGUCUUUGCGGGACGGCACGGCGGUCACAGGAACGAAGGCUACAGGAAUGCCAAUCAAACUGAAGGUGUCUCAAGGUCAGCCUGUGAAGCUGAACUGCAGCCUCGAGGGAAUGGAAGACCCAGAGAUGCUAUGGAUCAAGGAUGGCGCUGUGGUGCAGAGUGUAGACCAGGUGUACAUUCCAGUCGAUGAAGAACACUGGAUUGGUUUCCUCAGCUUGAAAUCUGUAGAUCGGAGAGACUCUGGGAAGUACUGGUGCCAAGUUGAGACCAAUGGAAAGAAGGAGGAAUCACAGCAAGUGUGGCUCAUUGUAGAAGGUGUUCCUUACUUCACCAUUGAGCCAGAAGAUCUGUCGGUCAUCCCUAACACUCCUUUUCACAUGUACUGUGCUGCAGCUGGCCCGCCUGAGCCAGUGACCAUCGUCUGGUGGAUGGGUGACUCCAGAGUGGGGCUCCCUGAUAUCUCCCCCUCCACCCUAAAUGUGUCAGGUAUUAAUCAAAGCACAGUUUUUUCCUGCGAAGCCCAUAACAUAAAGGGACUGUCUUCAUCUCGGACGGCAACAGUGCAGAUUAAAGCUCUCCCCCUUCCACCUCUCAAUGUGACAGUAACUCAGAUCACCAGCACCAAUGCCAGUAUCAGUUGGCUACCAGGAUUUGAUGGUCGUUCCCCACUUCAUUCUUGUACUGUUCAGGUGGCCGAGCCACAAGAAGAUGCAGAGGUUACCACAGAGGUUGUCCCUGCUCCCUCCUGUACUGGGGCUUUGCCUGGUUUAAAGCACUCGACCAAUUACAGUGUCCGGGUCCAGUGCGCUAAUGAAAUGGGCAGCUCACCUUUUACAGAGUGGGUCUAUUUUCAGACCUUAGGAUUAGCUCCAAACAAUACUCCUGAAAAUGUACACAUUACCCAAAGAGAUUCUCGCCUGAUCUUGGAAUGGGAAGCAGUGGUUCCAGAAACGCUUAGGGACGGUGCACUGGGAUACAGGCUGGAAUGGAGUCAAGAUAACAUAACUCAGGGGGAGAUGAUAGUGCAGGAGGCAAGUGCCAACCUUACUAUGUGGAAUCCCUUAAAAGACCUUAUAAUCAGGGUGUGUAUACUCAGCUCAGCUGGCUGUGGACCUUGGAGCGAGCCUUUACUGGUUACAGCACAAGAUCUAAUAGGAGGACAGAGACAACCUCGCUAUGGGACAUCCUGGGUUCCUGUGGUGUUAGGAAUUCUUACUGCACUGGUCACAGCAGUUGCCUUGGCACUAAUCCUCCUCCGGAAAAGAAGGAAAGAAACUCGUUUUGGUCAUGCCUUUGACAACAUGGUGGGAGGGGAUCCAGUAGUCCAUUUCAGAGCAGUGAGAUCUUUCAACAGAGAAGUUCCAGAGCUUAUUGAGGCAACAUUGGACAGCCUAGGAAUCAGUGAUGAACUGAAGACCAAACUGAAGGAUGUCCUAAUCCAGGAGCAGCAGUUUACUCUGGGAAGAAUGCUAGGCAAGGGGGAGUUUGGGUCUGUAAGAGAGGGUCAGCUGAAAAUGCCUGAUGGCUCUCUCCAAAAGGUUGCUGUGAAAAUGCUAAAAGCGGAUAUUUUCACCUCAAAUGACAUUGAGGAAUUCCUGAAAGAAGCUGCCUGCAUGAAGGAGUUUGACCAUCCACAUGUUACUAAACUGAUUGGUGUCAGCUUGCGCAAUCGGCCUAAAGGCAGACUUCCAAUCCCAAUGGUUAUCUUGCCCUUCAUGAAGCAUGGAGACCUUCACUCUUUUCUAGUGAUGUCUCGGAUUGGAGAAAACCCUUUUGACUUGACUCUUCAAAUGCUCAUAAAGUUUAUGAUUGAUAUUGCCAGUGGCAUGGAGUACCUGAGCUCCAAAAACUUCAUACACAGAGAUUUAGCUGCUCGGAACUGCAUGUUAAAUGAAGACAUGAAUGUGUGUGUUGCUGAUUUUGGGCUUUCAAAGAAAAUCUACAGUGGAGACUAUUACCGCCAGGGCUGCGCUUCUAAGCUGCCAGUGAAGUGGCUUGCACUGGAAAGCCUGGCGGACAAUCUCUACACAACACAUAGCGAUGUGUGGGCAUUUGGUGUGACUAUGUGGGAAAUUGUGACCCGGGGGCAAACUCCUUAUGCAGGUAUUGAGAAUGCAGAAAUUUACAACUACCUCAUCAGUGGAAACAGAUUGAAGCAGCCUCCAAGGUGUAUGGAAGACCUCUAUGAUCUUAUGUGCAGAUGCUGGCAUUCAGAACCCAAGCUACGACCUAGUUUUGGAGCCCUGAAAUUUCAGCUCGAAAUGAUUUUGGCAAGACUGUCUUUGCUUUCAUCCAGUGAGGAUCCUCUGUAUGUCAACAUUGGGGAACCACAAGAUUCUUGUAGGAAUGACCCCACAACGAAUUGUCUUUUUGGAACACUGGAUGCAGAAGUGAACAUUGCAGGAGCAACAGCUGCUGUCACUAGUGACUAUCGUUACAUCAUGAGCCCCUUGUGCCUUGGGAAUGAUGCUGAAAGUGAAAGACAUCCAGAUGCAUUGAAUGAGGGAGAGGCCAGAAGCCUUCUUUAUGAUUUGGAGAUGGGACCAAAACAAUGUUAGCCUGGGAAAAAAAGUGACAUUUCACUCUCCUCCAAUAAGAUGUGUGUAUCUUUCUCAUCAUAUGGUACUGCUUUACCAAGACAGUUGUAGGCUGCUUUUAACCAGCAUAGGUAGCUGUAAUCUAGGCUACUUCCGUAACUUCCUACAGCUGCUUGGGUUGCUGUGGCUGACAGCCCAAAAUAACCAUGAAUCUUAAUCACCUCUUGGCCUUUUGAGAGUAACUUCCUACAAUGGUCAGUGAAAUCCAACAGGAGUGACCCCAUCUGUUAAGCCAGUAAAUGCCUGUUUGCCCACAGAAUUCUGAGUACUCCAGUUAAAUAGGGUGCUGGUUGGCACCCUAUUUUUUGUAGAUUAUUUAAUCUGGACAGGAAAGCUUGGGACUAGCACAUACAGGAGGAAAAACAUCAGCCAGGUGUACACAUUGAUUUAUACUGUAUUUCAGGGCACAGAAAAAUGAAGACCUAAUUUAGCAGUACUGCCUAGACCUUCUGUCUACCUCAGUGAUUCUCAAACUGGGAUCUGUGAUACUGCUUCUCUGAAAUGACAAAAUUGCAUUUUUUUCCCCAGUGUUGUUUGGCUACCAGAUGUAUGCAUUUCUCAAGCAGCUAAGUACCAACAUUCUAACACUUCCGACUCCUAAUCUUCGCCUUUCUUCAUGUUUGACAUAAAAUUGAUGAAAAACAAACUUGCCCUGAGAGCAAAACUUUUGCAAUUUUUUAUAAACAUGAGUUGCAGCAAAGAAACUGGUCUGUUGAUGCCCACAGAAAAAUUAGAUGUCAAUGAGAUGGUUUUUAUUUAAGGAAGUAGUUUUCAUUCAGAGAGAGUUUGAGAAUCACUGGCCUACCUAAAUACAGUCUCUUUUGGCACUUUGUGGAAAGCUGCAUUGGACUUUAACUUUGCCUAUUUUGGCAAAUAGAAGAAGAAACUUCAUUUUUAAGCUCUAACUUUGAAAUCAGCUUAUGUAAUUAAUCCUAAAUUUA